GAGUUGAUCGACGAGUAUGAACCAUUGUCGACUAUUGGUAGAGUUGGAACGAGAAUGCCGAAUCCGCCAGCGAAGGAAGAUACUUGGGCGUUCGGACCGAUCGGGUCACCUUUCCCGGAGAAUCCGGUGAAGGCAUUGGGUCAGCAGAAUAUGUACGUAGCGUUGUGGUACAAGAAUGGGAAGCCAAUGCAUGGACGCGCUUGGAAUAACGGUGGAGUUAUCGAGUGCUCGUUUCCUUAUAACAAAUCCGAAUUGACCGGUAUCAAGGACCUUGGUGGACAGAUUCAGGUACUCCAAUACAAGGGUAACCAUCUAUCACUUGGCUAUUGGUACAAUUGGAUCAAGUAUUCUGAUCGCUUUGAUGUGAUGGAUAAGGGUGCAGAAAUGUUGAAGUGUGGAGAUUCAUUCCCAAUUCUUUGGACUGAUCGACCUGGUGGUGCACUCUUGGGCUAUGUCGAUAAUAAGACUGAAAUCGCACGCUUUUCGCAUGAUGGCAAAGUUGAAGAAGUGUCUGGAACACCACUUUCGAAUAUGAUGAUCAUUGUGCGAGAGCUGAAAGGAGGGCCACCGUACUGUGAGUGUACCGAAUGCAAGAAAGAGCCACCGAAACCGAUCGUUCGUGUCACUCUCAACGAGUGGGCUGAUUUCCGCUAUGGUGACAAUUGGCCAGAGAGUGGAACGCCGGUUAGGGCGCUUGGGAGAUCACUGAACACGUAUCCGGAUGAAAAUCCAGAUCAGUAUGUGGCACUGUGGUAUCAGUCGGGUGAACCCGUGAUGGGUCGUAUUUGGAAUGAUGGUGGUAAGAUUAAAGCGUGUUUCGGAUGGGGUGGACAUGAGUAUCGCGAGAGGAUCGGUUCGAUUCAGAUCCUUUAUGAGUUACCGGAGGCUAUCCGAGGUUUUGAUUACGCCUGGAAACCAUUCACCGAGGCAGCGAGUUUCGGCGAAAAGGAAUGGAUACCGGUGCAUGUGGAUCAUCACAAAGGUAAUAUCACACCAGCCGUGCUUAUGAUCGAUGGAAAGGAAAUUCUUGGAAAGGCUGAUAUUAGAAAUGAACGUGCGACUGUUGGCUACGGAGGCACCGAGAAGGUGUUCGUCGGCCCAGCGGUACACACCUGCGUGGUACUUUGUAGAAAAGCAAAGCCUGGUUGUACCAUCGACUAA